AAUUCCUUGAACAAAUCCGAUGAGAUCACUCUGACUUCGGCACCAACCAAAACGGGGGAUACCGAUUGCUGUCCAGGCAACAGUGAGACUACGGUCGCUGCAGACGCUACCGCUUCUAUAUCCGCUACUCUUCAACCUGUCGUCAACGCACACGAGGAUUCGGACAAUGAUGCGGCAGCGGAGGCAGCGGCUGAGCGCGGCUUGAUCUCAUUCGACGCACAACUGCGGCCAAUCGAGCGAUUUGGUGUCAAUAAGGCGGAAUCUAAUCGUGAAGAGUCUUUAGCAGAUGAGUUGGAAAUGGCUGAUGUAAGUUGGUACUUUAUUUUUACUGUCAAAAUGGCCAUCCAGCGCGCAGAAUUUGAAUAA